UUUAAGUCCCUGGACUGGCCGAGCUCGAUUGCUCUCCUCUGACAGUGUUCGGACUCGGCUGGUUUGGUUUGUGAGCGUCAUGUGACCCCGCUCGACAUGGAGGUUUAACGUUGACAGGGAGAGGAGAAUCUGCCGGGACUGGAUUGAGGCUGCUAAUAUCAAGUUGUAGCAAGUUCUCGAUCGACAGGAUGAACACUGAGAAGGACUUCGCUCCCCUCACCUCCAACAUUGUGCGAGCUCUCAAUGACAAGCUCUAUGAGAAAAGAAAAGUGGCUGCCCUGGAGAUUGAGAAGUUGGUGCGAGAGUUUGUUGCACAGAAUAACACUGGACAAAUCAAACAUGUGAUCCAAAUCCUGUCCCAGGAAUUUGCACUUUCACAGCAUCCUCACAGCCGUAAAGGUGGCCUCAUUGGUCUUGCUGCCUGCUCCAUCGCCCUUGGCAAGGAUUCUGGUUUGUAUCUGAAGGAACUCAUUGAGCCAGUUUUGACCUGUUUCAACGAUGCUGAUAGUCGAUUGCGUUAUUAUGCCUGUGAGGCCCUGUACAAUAUAGUAAAGGUUGCCAGGGGCUCAGUCCUUCCUCAUUUCAAUGUACUGUUCAACGGACUGAGUAAGUUGGCUGCAGAUCCAGAUCCCAAUGUUAAAAGUGGUUCCGAAUUGCUGGAUCGAUUAUUAAAGGAUAUUGUCACAGAAAGUUCCAAAUUUGACCUUGUGGCCUUUGUCCCUCUCUUGAGAGAGCGGAUUUAUUCCAACAAUCAGUAUGCAAGACAAUUCAUCAUCUCCUGGAUCCUGGUAUUGGAAUGUGUUCCUGACAUUAACCUGCUGGACUAUUUGCCAGAAAUCCUGGAUGGGCUGUUUCAGAUUCUUGGUGAUAACAGCAGAGAGAUCCGUAAAAUGUGUGAGACUGUCCUUGUUGAGUUUUUGAAAGAGAUCAAGAAAAACCCUUCAAGUGUCAAAUUUGCUGAAAUGGCCAACAUCUUGGUCAUCCACUGCCAGGCCUCCGAUGAUUUGAUUCAACUGACUGCAAUGACUUGGAUGCGGGAGUUUAUCCAGUUAGCUGGUCGUGCGAUGCUGCCGUACUCCUCAGGAAUCCUGACGGCCGUUCUACCCUGCCUCUCCUACGAUGACAGGAAGAAGAGUAUUAAGGAGGUAGCAAACGUGUGUAACCAGACUCUGAUGAAGCUGAUUAUGCCGGAGGAUGAUGGUGACAAUAUCCGACAGUUCAUGCUGCAGCAGCUAGAUGGCACUGCUGAUGAGUCCUUCUCAAACCCCAAGAGCUCCUCUGAUCAGUCAAACACAUCCCAGGACUUGAACACCAGCAACCACACUGGCGAGUCUGUCACGAUCGAUCAUUCUCAGGAAGCCCUUAACUUGGAUGGAAUCGUGCUGGUGCUUGAUCGGCAUCUUCAUGACACAGUCACAGGGAUGAUGACAAGAAUUGCCGUCUUGAAGUGGCUGUAUCACCUUUAUAUCAAAACUCCCAGGAAGAUGUUUCGGCACACAGACAGCCUCUUUCCCAUGUUGCUGAAGACGCUUUCUGAUGAGUCAGAUGAGGUGAUCUUGAAAGACUUGGAGGUGUUGGCAGAAAUAGCUUCCUGUCCAGCGGGUCAGACAGAAGGGCAGGAUUCGUGUGAGAGCAACAGCACCCAAAACAGCCAGUCAGAGCUGAACAUUCCCAUUUCCGCCUCCACGCCCACGCCAUUGAACUCUUCCAGGCCGCGAACAUUGGAAUGCUCCCCCUCAACUCCCACCAUGAAUUCCUAUUUUUUCAAGUUUAUGAUCAACUUGCUGAAGCAGUUCAACAACGAGAAGAGACUGCUAGAAAUACGAGGGCCUUUCAUCAUCCGGCAGUUGUGCCUUCUAUUAAACGCUGAGAAUAUCUUUCACUCCAUGGCCGAAAUCCUCCUUCGUGAAGAGGACCUCAAGUUUGCUUCUACCAUGGUCCAAACCCUCAACUCCAUUCUCCUGACGUCAACAGAACUCUUCCAGCUACGGAACCAACUGAAGGAUCUGCGCACAACGGAAAGCUGCAACCUGUUCUGUGGCUUGUAUCGUUCCUGGUGUCACAACCCUGUCGCCACCGUGUCCCUCUGCUUCCUCACACAGAACUACAAACACGCCUACGACCUCAUUCAGAAGUUUGGGGACCUUGAGGUGACCAUUGAUUUCCUGACUGAGGUGGACAAGCUGGUGCAGUUGAUCGAGUGCCCAAUCUUCACGUAUCUGCGGUUGCAACUCCUUGAUGUUGAGAACAACCCCUACCUGAUCAAAGCCCUGUACGGACUACUUAUGCUUUUGCCCCAGAGCAAAGCAUUCCAGCUCCUUUCACAUCGACUACAGUGUGUACCCAACCCAGAACUUAUGCGAACCACGCCCAGUGAGAAGCCCACAGCCCCCAGCAGGCAAGUCCCUUUGGAAAUCAACUAUAGCGAACUGCUGCAGCACUUUGAGAAGGUACAGAACAAGCACCUGGAAAUCCGACAUCAGCGAGCAGGCCGCAAUGAUCAACAGGACAGGAAACAUCCCCGUGACACAGAGACAACUUAUUGCGUAUGAUGAGCCUCUAGUCAAAGGACAAUGCUCGACUGUCAGACUGCCAGCUGUAAGACUGACUGAACCGUGAAGCCCUUUUUGUCGGGCUGCCCUACUGCCUUUGUAAUGCAAAGUUCUUUGCCACUACUAGUACUCACGGUACGUGAGCUGGGCAAUAUUCCUGUGUUAAUUGUGUAGAAUUUAUAGGUCUGUGAGGACCUCAGUGGAGUAGUGAUCACUGUUCCCCAAUGCCCCUCCCUCUUUGCACUGACCACUGUUUUGUAAUGCUCCAACAUGGUAAAAUCUUUGCACUGUUCGCUGUUCUCUGCUGUUCCCCUUCAAUGACCCAAUGUGGUACAAUCUUUGCACUAUCACUGAUGAUACCCAGUUGGUAAACCACAUAUGAUAGUUUUCCAGUCCAGAGUGUAAUUUUUGCUUGUGUCCCACCCCCUGCAUGACAUUUCACAGCCAGAUCCUCUGCAGUGGUGAUCAAAUUCUGUUCUCUGCUUAAAUCCAUCUUCCUUUCACAGGAGCAGAAACUAUCUCUGUCAGCACCGAUUUGGAAAUUUCUCCAGCAGCCUGAAUUUGCAAUAUUGUUAAGUGAACUUGGUCAGUGUGAGUAGGCUCUUUGUUCCUCCUUUAAUUGCACUACCAUCCGGCACUUAAUGUGCACAGUCUGUAGCAUUGUCAACAGGACCAGAUUUGUACUGAUUUCUUGUCGAUUGGUGUUCUUAUGGACACAAAGUUGUGGUGACUGGUAUGGAUACUGGGAAGAUAUCUCACUGCUUCAGUAAGGGCUCCUCUUCUCAAAUUGAAGUUGCCGCACUUUGUCAGGAUGAGUAUAUUGAGCUUUAUCUGCAUCUAACAGUGAGAUGCCUGACCUGAUUUUGUUUGUCACUGGUGAUGAUGCUGGUAAUGAGCAACACUGAACAUCCCACACCCUGGUGAGCCCUGGUGCAUUUACAGAGGAAGUGGCAAGGCAAACAUUAGUCAAUAGAAUUUAAAGCAGGAGCAUCUUAUUAAACAGAAGUAAAAGGAAUUCUCUGGUCAUGGAUGAUCUUGAUUGAAGGUUGGUCAUUGAAUUGCAAUAAUCCAUAACAUUUAUAUUUGAUGAAGGUAAAAAUAGCUAUAAAAUCAGGUGCACUAGUUGUUACUUUGGAACAUUUCAGUGUGACUUGAGGCACAGUUGUACCAUUAUUUGAAUGACUGUAUCGGUUAAUCCUGAAAGUCAGCUCAGUUCACUUGAGAAAACAGUGAAGUAAAGAUAGAGUAACUUACCUGCGUGCCGAGCUAUCUAUCUGCCUCACUAUUAAAGAUCCCAACUGAACGUUGCUGACUUGUUUGUCAUACUUAAUGGUUGUCACAUUCUGUUUGUUUGCAAGAUUUCUGAAAGCAAUUUGGAUGAUACACUUGUUUUAAACUAUCAGGUGAGGGAUGGGGGAGAUGUUGUGGAUUGAAAAUUUUGCACUGCAAUAAACCAUGACAGCCCUGUGGCUGAUCUUUUGGGCUUUGUGAUUUUGUUCGAGGUUUCACUGGCCCCUUACUUGUCACUGCCCCUCCUUUGACCUGUCGCUACUGCCUGUUUAUAUCAAAGGAAUCCUCAGAAGGUCAGCGUUGAAGCGAUAGAAAGGCACAACUCUGAAAACCUUAUUUUCUGUCUGUAUUCAAAAUUCCAUCUGUGAAAGGAGCAAUUAUUGAUAUUUUGUCAGCCAGUAAGCUUGAGAAUAGAGCAAAUAAAAACCAAAAGAACUGUGCGUGCUGUAAAUCAGGAACAAAAGCAAAGUUUCUGGAAAAGAUCAGUAGGUCUGACAGCAACUCUGAAGGAAAAACAUAGAGUGAAUGUUUUGGGUCUGGUGACCCUUCGUCAGAAGAGUCAUUCUGAGGAAGGGUCACUGGACCUGAAACAUUAACUCUUGUUUUUUUCCUUCACAGAUGCUGCCAGACCUGCUGAGCUUUUUCAACAACUUUGUUUUUGUUCCUGAGGAUAGAGCCAGACUUCUAAUUUACUCAAACUACAGCAAACAGUCUGAACUUGUGAACAGAACUGGAGCAGAGUCUGUGUACCAAUGAGCGACAGAGACUGUCUUGAAUAUAGGAAGAUUGUUUCUCCAACAGAAUGCAGUGUGGAGGAGAGUUGUACAACACAGAUUGUUUAUGUGUGUAAUAGGAACUUCCGGGAUGUUUGAUUGCCAAAAGAAUUUCCCAAACAGCUCUAUUCUGAUUGCAAAUAGUGGUUUCACUCCAUUCAUCCUUGCUCAAUUUUAAAAUGGCAUGAUCUCCUCACACUGGGAAGUGGGGAAAUGCUUACUCCCUAGCAUGACCCGUGAAAGGGGCCACAGCGUCAUCAGCUCCUUCAAGCAUGAUCAGCAUUUGCUGUUUGAUCAGAAAGAUUCAGAAAAUAAGGUUGAUUCCUUGCACUUUUGUAGACCAAUUGUUGCUGUCAUUCUUUGAGGUCAGCCCUCUCCAGUUUUCAGAUUCACUUAACAGUUGAUCAUUCAAACAUGGAAAAAUAAUUAAACCUAUUUAACAUCCGCCAAUGACGUAAAUAAAAUUGAUCACCACCGUCUUGUACAAUGUGUAUGAAUGCAACAAGAUUCGAUCCCUUUCCCAUCUGGCUCCUGUUUGGCUGUAACAUGGAUUAAUGGCCUAUUGGUCAAUGCAGCCAGUGCCCCACACCCCACCUCAGAUCCUGAAAUCUCCAGCCCUUAAAGUCUCCCACAACCCCCCCUCGGUUUUCUAAAUAUGUGUUUAAACGCUAAAUAAUAACACCAUUCACUUUUUAAAAGAUAAAUAGAGCUCACUACAUUUAGUUGCAACCUUAUGCCUCCUCUUCCUUCAAGUGACCCUUUCUCAGAAGGGAAGGGUAACAAAUUAGAAUUAACUUUUAUAUCUAUGAUAAUGUAUUUGAAUUUGAUUUUAAAUUAGUAUGCUGCUCACAUAUAAUGGAUUGUUUAUGGUUGCUCUAUUUGUCCAGCACAAGGACAUCAGAAUUAUUAGAGGAAACACAUCAGUAGUUUGAUUCAAUACAUUAAUUGAAAAGUUGUACUCUGAAAAUUUUAAUGUUGAGUAUGAUACUCCUUUAUUACAAAUCUCACUGCUCCCGCCUCCAUGGAUAGAGCUAUCAUUACUUCACUUGCAGAGCUCCAUGCUUCCAGAUCUGUAGGUCUCAGUUAUGCCAUAGCAGGUCACUGCUGAUCCCACUGUGAUGUAAUGACCAACACAUUCAGAUUUAGAAGAAAAAUACAACAGUAAAACUAGGUGCUUUUCACACCUUGUGUGUGAUAUUGUACAAAUUCCCUUCAACACGUUACUUCUCGUAAUUUGCGACAAGUUUCGUGUGCAUUUAUUAAACUUAGCUUUCAAUUUUAUUGGACCCUUUUCUGAGGCAUUUGGAUGAUCAAGGCCAUUAACACACUAUAUACGCACAGAAUGUUUGAUAACCCGUGCUAGAUUUAGCUUUCAUCAUUCAAAAAUGAGCAUCUUGUUCUAAAUUAAUGAUGUUGAGUUCCCCAAGUACAUUGUGCGAAGCAGUGUGUUCUGUUCAACUUUGACCUUCUCUGGCUAACUUCUGUUAUCUUAGUCUGAUUUUCCGGAAUCCAGUCCUGAUGAGUGACUCGGCCAUGCGGCUGUGUCGGUUCCACUCGGAGUUGAGGGAGUUGGAGGGUGAUUGCUGGGUUGACCGAAUGCUGUUUACUAUAAUGUACGGGUAAAUAAAAGGCUGUCUGCAGUAUGUUGUUGGAGCAUUUCUUGUGGCUGAGCUGGGCCUUUGAGAUAUCUCUCAUCAGCUCCCCCAACCUCUUCUAUCUAAGCAAUGGUAUCCCAGCCCAGCUGUACACGUACCCACAGCUGUCAGCACCUGCAGAUAAAAUGCAAUUGGACAGUGAUUCCCCUCCCUGGAUGCCACUCCUUUGGAGCACUUUGAUCCACCACUAUCUUGCCCUGCCCCUCUUUGUGCUUGAAGAGUUUGAUCUGCAAAAACCCUCAGCUCAAGUUUGCAAAUGGGAAUUUCAAACCGGCUUCCCAACCACUGGAAGGUCAUCUCUAGUUGUUUCUUCUUCGAAUGGCACCGGUUCUGCAGGAAUCUUUGUUCCGAGGACAGACAUCCCACACCAUAACGCUGUGUCAAAAACAACAUGUUUGAAAUCUGCUGGGCGACGGUUUUAUAAAGCUGUGCCGGGGUGAUGUCAAGGAGGAUCAGCAAGGGGAAUGCUGUUUCUAUUUUUUUGUUUGCCUCAAGUGAGAUAAUUCUCUAACUGUUUGGCCCGAUUUGGCAAUCAGAUUCUUGGCAUUGUCUUUUUGUUUGGGCAGGGUGAAGUGUCCUCCUGAGCACAGGAAAUGCCCAGUGAAAAUUUGGGUGUUGCCUGACCACAUCAUGAUGGUGCAUUUCAGACAGCCGACACCCAGACUUCCAAUCUCCCGACACAACAUCCACGUCCAGAAACAGAUAUCUCAGCUCAGAGUAACUUAGUGAUUUUUAUUUUCAGAAUACAAUACUGCGAGCUGCGGAUAGCACUGCCCAAGUUCAAACUAUUGCAACAGCAGUGUACCUUCUGUGUAUGUCAAUUCAUGGGUAAGUAGACCCCCUUGCCCUGGUACUGAACCGUAGCAGCUAGGAAGUCAUUGGAUCCAGCUCAUCUAACUGAGGGAGGGGUUGGUUCUCCCAGUUCACUGCUGAUUUCUACUGAGUAAUGUGUACCUGAGUAUUGAACAAGGACCAAGUUGGGCUGGCUGUGAGUGAGGUGCCUAUUGGAACAAGACCUUAGUUAUAGUCUGUAGUAUUGGGUAAGUGGAGGUGAGGAAAUCUCAAGCCUUUGUGGGUUUUCAGCACAUUGCUUCAGUGAAGUGGGUGACAGAGACAACAGCAUUUGUUGUUCAUUCACCAUGACACACACUGAUAACAGCAAACAACAGAUGGAUAAAAGCAGACACGGAUGCUAUCUUUUGUUUAUUUUCAUAGAACCCCAACAGUGUAGAAAAGGUCCGUUGGCCCAACAAGUCCACACCAACCCUCAGAGCAUCCCACCCAGACCCAUCCCCCUUUAACUCACCUAAUCUACACAUCCCUGAACACUGUUGGCAAUUUAGCAUGGCUAAUACAUUUAGCCUGCACAUCUUCGGACUGUGGGAGGAAACCGGAGCACCCGGAGGAAACCCACGCAGACACAUGGAGAAAGGAACCCAUGUCCCUGGUGCCGUGAGGCAACAGUGCUAACCACUGAGCCACCGUAUCUUCCUUAAAGUUCUUUCCUUUCUGAUGAACAUUCCAAAUGAAUUGUCAAAAUUCAUUGUCUCGUCAUUGACAAGAUUAUCCCAUUCACUUACUGAGAUGUAGACGUGUGUCACAACCUGUGUGUGUGCCCUGCCACCAGCACUCCCAUACUCUCUUGGAGUGGGGUGAACAUACUACAGAACCCUCUUGAGUUGUGUGAAAUGUCAAGUGUACUGCGAUCAUUGUAGUCCUCCUUUCAUGAGGAUCCAUUUAACUGCAAGGCUGGUGAUCUGUCGGGAAACAAUGCCCUGGCAACUUGAAACCCAUAGUGACACUCUUACUCAAAAAGGUGCCAAUAAAGAUGCCAGUUUGGAUUAAGCAAACAGCAAUGAUGGCAGAGACUAGCAUAGCAAUCAACUGCUACCUGUCAAUAUCUGCCAUCUGCCACAACUGGCUAGUGUCAGCCCUGUUUUCUGGCCACAACAAAUCACUAGCCCUGGUAGUGGUUUAUGGUAAAUUAUAUAUUUAUGUUUAAUAUAUUUGGCUGUUCCCCUUUGGAUACUAAUCAUGCCCACAGAUUUUAAAGAAUGGUACAUCUGAAUGAAUAUUAUCAAUUCUGUUUACAAAGAGUCUUGUCCUUUCAUCUUUAAUAUUUAAAUAAACAUGUUGUACAUAGAUGUGUAAAAGAAAUGUUUCUUUAAUCUAUUUAAAGGACAGCUGCUCGUACUUACAGAAGCUUUGUGCUAACUUGAGUGUUUUCUUUGUAAGUUUAUCCGUGACUCAGAUUCUCUGGUUCAUUUUGUCUGACAACAGUGAUGUUUCUAGCUUGCGAUUUAGGGCUCUUCAUUUCAACAAAUUGCAGGAGAAUGGAGGGCCUAACUUCUCAGCCGGUUCUGGCAACAAAAUGGGGACAUCUUGAAAUGGAAGUUGAACCUGAGGAGAAGCAAUUCGCAAUAGUGAUAUCUACAAGCAACCUUUGGGUAACCUGGAAAUCGAUCAUGGCAACCAGAGCUCAACAAAUCCUAGAAAUAAAUCUAGAGUAAAUUCAAAAUAAAACUGCGGAAAUAUAUAAAUUGACCUGACCUGAUGUGAGAUUUGUUCACUGUUUAACCACAUCUAAAUAUUUCCCUUGCGGGUAAAAACAGCCCC